AUGCAGAGCUUCCUCUUGAAGAGAAUUCCUGGCACUAUUGAUUACAAUAACAAUAAGCUGAGUGGCCAGCUUGAUCAGAUUGUUGAAAAGAGAAGGAAAGAAUGUGACAGAGGCCAAGGACUUCCUGCCCAAGGUAUUAAUUGUUCUUGUUCUACAAAUGGAGUUAUAUCAGACGAUCCAACGAACUUCCCAGAGCCAGAGAGGUUUGAUCGAAAUUGCAAAGAUGAGAAACGAAGGCAUCCUCAUGCUUUUUUACCCUUUGGCAUCGGACCUCGAGCAUGCAUCGGCCAGAAAUUUGCCCUCCAAGAGCUAAAGCUCUCACUGAUUCACUUAUACCGGAGAUAUGUUUUCCGGCACUCUCCUAACAUGGAGAAACCUCUGCAACUUGACUAUGACUUUAUUCUCAGUUUCAAGCAUGAUGUCAAGCUUAGAGUCAUAAAGCGGACAUGA